AUGGGAAACGAUAAAGAACACCCAUCCACGCCAAUACCAUCCAACUCAAAUUUCUCAUUCGAGAAUGCUGGUUAUCCAUUCCCACAUGCCAUAUAUCCUCCGAUUCCUCUCAUCAAUACAAGCUCUGCUACGAGUAGAAUAGUUGAUUCAGAGGAUAAUAGACUCGAGGGUGGGGAAAUUGAAGCACAAUGUACAUCCGGUAGAGUUGAGGAAAGUAAUGAGGAUAGACCACUUCCUCAAGAAACUGAGGAUGGCAGUGCGGGGACAUCUCAGAAUGUUGAAAUGGAUGGUGAUGACAUGAUUGAGGAGCCAAAGUCGGGAAUGGAGUUUAACUCCUUUGAAGAUUUAAUGAGUUAUUAUAAACAAUAUGCUAAGAAGUGCGGGUUUGGGGUGAUGACAAAAAGGACUGAGAGGGGAGAAGAUGAGAUGGUUAGGUAUGUCACCCUUGCUUGUGCUCGUGGUGGGAAGGCCCGUAAUAGGACUUUCAAUGUCGCCAACCCACGCCCGACCGGAAAAACAGAAUGUAAGGCAAAGAUCAAUGCCUUAAAAUCUGAUGGAAAGCUUCGGUUGACUACAGUUCAUAAUAUCCAUAACCACGGCCUGAGUCCAAAGAAAUCUCGCUUCUUUCGAUGUAAUAGAGAAGUGAGUGACUCCGUAAAAAGAGUUUUAGAUACAAAUGAUUUGGCUAGCAUCCGAAUGAAUAAGAGCUUCGGAUCUCUUGUUGUUGGUGCGGGCGGAUUCGAGAACCUUCCAUUUUUGGAAAAAGAUUGUCGUAAUUAUAUCGAUAAGGCAAGACAUCUACGACUUGGCGCUGGUGGUGCUGGUGCGCUUCGAGAGUAUUUUUGUAGGAUGCAGUACAAAAAUCCGGGAUUCUUUGCAUUGAUGGAUUUAGAUGAUGAUGGGAGGUUAAGAAAUUGUAUGGAUGGCAUAGCUCCGAAAUCAAUUAUCACUGAUCAAGAUAGAGCAAUGAAAAAUGCAAUAGCUAUUGUUUUCCCAGAGACCCGACAUAGAUUUUGCUUGUGGCAUAUCCUGAAGAAAGUCCCUGAAAAACUUGGCUCCUAUGCUUCCUAUAAAAUUGGGAUGAAGAAUGCGUUAAUGAAGUGUGUGUAUGACACCCAAAAUAUUGAAGAGUUUGAGAGGUGUUGGGAACAGUUGAUUGUUAAGUAUAGUUUGCAUGAGAAUGCGUGGUUGCAGAGUUUAUAUGCUGAGCGUGAGCAUUGGACGAACCUAAAAGAGUUUGUUGACCAGUUUGAAAACGCGUUGAAGAAAAAAAUUGAGAAUGAAAAUGCUGCAGACUUUCACUCGUUUAGUGUCACGAUUCCCUGCAUUUCUAGAUCUCCAAUUGAGAAGAAGUUACAAGAGUUGUACACCAAUGCUAAAUUCAAAGAAGUUCAGCUUCAAAUUACAGGCAUCAUCGAUAUGAAUCCAAAGUUAAAUAAGAGUGAUGGUGCGGUAAAAACCUAUCUGGUAGAGGAUGAAGUUCGUUUCGAGGAGUUCACUAAGGUGGUUACAUAUUCUGUGGACUUUAGUGAGGGGGAUGCAGCUGCAAAAUGUUCUUGUGGAUUAUUCCAGAUGAGAGGGAUAUUGUGUCGGCACAUUUUGGCCGUGUUCAAAUGUAACGAGAUUAAAAUUUUGCCAGAUAGGUACAUCUUAGAUCGAUGGAGAAAGGAUAUCAAAAGGCGAUACACAUUAAUCCGUAGUAGCUAUGAUGCAGGAGAAGAACGGGCAGAUUCUAAUAGAUAUUCAGAGCUGUUGAAUAUCUGUUAUGAGAUGAUCACUGAUGCUGCGAGUUCGAAAGAGCAUACUGAGGAUGCGAAGACUAAGUUGUACGCUAUGAUGAAGUUGUAUCGUGCCAACCAACAACACCCAUCGAUUACCCAAACAGGAAGCAAUAUUGGUUGUUCAGGAAAUGACACAACUACAGUUGGUACUUCUAAGAAAGUACUCAGUCCACAUGUUGUGCGAGGAAAAGGCAGACCCCCAUCACUGAGAAGAGCAUCCAGGAUGGAGAAAGACAUGCGAAAAGUCAAAGCGAAAAAAACUAAAGGAAAACGCAAAGAGCCGGAUGGAGGAGAUACACCAUGUGUGGACACACGGAGACCUUUAUUUUUCCAUUCAGAGGUGGAUGCAUCCGAUGUUGGACAGCAGGUUGUUCAAGAAAUCACAACCUUUGACAUUAGUGGAACCCAAAUCCGAGGAACAGUGAUUCCAAGUCAAGAGAGUGGAUUUCUUGGUCUCAGUGGAGCAAUACUAAUCCAAGUGUAUGACACAGUGUGCAAGGCAACCACGGGGGAUGACAAGAAACACUUAAAUGGUUUCUCUACUGUUGCCAUUUUGGAGAACAUAUUCACUUUGCCAUUAUGGGCACGUAUUUCUACUUUGAUACUUCUUCUGCUUCUACUUGUAUCGCCUCUUGGAAUUGCAAUCAAGGCCCAGAAGGAGGACUUGAGGAGAUUACCACAAAUGGAUUCAAUUGAUCCACGUUGA